UUUACCAAUUAAAAAAAAAAGACGUAUAACACCGGAAUUGUUCUUUCUGGGAACAGCAAGAGAGAGCGAUGAAUCCCCAAAUAGAAAAGGUGGUGAGGGUAACGAGUGUGGUGGCCACUGCUGUUGUAUCCUACUUCCUCUUAACCGCUGAUUACGGUCCCGAGCCCAACGCUCUCGAUCCUAUCAGACAGAGGAUACUUUCAGCGCAGGAUUCCGUGAAAGAGCUCAUCUUUCCAUCAAAGAAAUCCGACAAGUGAAGUCACAUGUAGCUCAACAUCAUACUUCAUCUUUCAGCAUCUCGUUUUUCUCUGGCUAUAAAACUUGUAUCCAUUACUCUUCUAGACUUGUUAGAUAUGUUCACAACUAUUGUAAGUCAGAUCAACUGUAGAUUAUAUUAUCUUUCGUUAAACCAAAACCAAUUAUAGCUUUUUUGUUCU